AUGCAACUGUCGAUCAAUGGCCUAGUUCUUUUCAAAUCGGAUUUGAUGGCCUCGCGGCCGCUACAGAAUAGUUCUGGGGGUGGUGUUUUAGCUAAUGACUGCGAAAUAUACCCGGCUGACAUGAUUAUUUCUGCGGAGCUUCUCGAGAAGAUUGAGAGAACCGGUGCAAGAAGAUAUAUUCUUCAUCGUGAUGACAAUAGUGCUACAAAUAAUGGAAUACUGGUUUGGAUAUUCAACCCAGACAUCCGCUAUUCAUAUCUCGACAGCGAUGUCUCCAAUGGCUCUCCUAGCGGCGGAAACGAAGGCAAGAAUAAUGUCUUAGCAACAAGCGCCCAGCGAGCUUUGAAGUUAUUUUAUCAGUACACUAGCGACAUCCAGACACUGUUGAACCCGGAAAGCGGUACCCCAUCCUCGGCGUCCUUGGAGGAGCUUCCACUCCCAGCACACAUUUAUGAACAGACAGAAAGUCUACUAAACAGCAGGACUACGUUGCUCCCGGAGUCAGCACGAAAGUUUAGGGAGUGGACGGUAGGCUUAUUCCAUGUUUUUGAAGAGCCAUAUUCCUCUGAAUAGCGCUAGCUUUUCAUUGCUGCCGAUAGAAGGAUUAAUCGUUCUACAAAAAUAUGUAGACUGAGAUGGCGACAGCAACAAUACAUAUUUGACAGCCGUUACGAGAGAACAAAGAGCCUGUUUGCAAUUAGAUCCCCUUCAGACAAUAUAGUGCCCAGCACGGACCGGUCACCGCAAAAUACAAACGCCAGCCUUGGAAUGAGCUUUGGGAAACCUCUUCGAUCUUACCCAGCCAUGUGAAAUAUCUAGCCAUCCACUUCUGCUCUCGAAACACGUUGAUGUGCGGUGUUAUUUCCCUGCACUAUGACGGCCUCGGAGCUGAGACGGUCUCAGGGCAUGCAUCAAGUCUCGCUUGUCGUUUAGGCAACCGUGUGGUCGAUGAGUGCGCCGUAAAUGAUAUCAAAACGAAUGACCGAAUGAAAGAAACGGAAAAUUAUGAAUGUUGAGAUGGCAUCGGUACUGCCUUUGCAUGGAUUCCAUUGUUGGGUUAAAUCAAGAUUACAAGUGAUCCUCGGCAUGGAAUUUCUUCUG